AACUGUUUACUUAUCAAGAAUUGACAAAUUUUCAAUUGAUUGUGAGUCUUGCACGGGCUUUUUACACGACUUUAUCUCGCAAUCGGAAGGCUUUUGGCCCGCAAAAUAAUGGUGACUGUGGUGCCUCAGAAUGGAUCAAUUAUAUUCCACACGCUUAUGUAUGUAUUAAAUCAAAGUAUUGUGCAGGAUGAAAGUUCCUAUAGUUAUUACUACAUGCGGAUCGGAAAGGAAUCCAACACACGAAAAUGCUAUGGGAUUUAUGGGUGUUUUGAAUUGUCGCCCCCAUGGACUUCCGAAAAUAGACCUGUGUCGUAUUUCCCGAAUGCAUUAGACGAUAUUGAGCCCAAUUACCUCCUUUACACCCGGAAAAAUCGGAUAAAGUACAGCUUGAUAGAUCUAAAUGCGUUUGACUAUGUGGCCAAUUCCGGCAUCGAUCCACAUAAGCCUAUUUUCCUUAUAACACACGGAUAUAUGGAGGGCGGAGUUAUAGAUUGGAUUUACAAAGUAACUCAACAACUUUUGGAUUUAGAGGACUGCAGCGUGCUGGUAAUCGACUGGCAUGGAGGCUCCAGUCCGCCUUAUGCUCAAGCUGUGGCAAAUAUUAGACUAAUUGGCUCAAUGACUGCGCAUUUAUUACACGACAUUGCCCAGUACAUUCCUGACCAGAAUUUGGACCGUGUCCACUGCAUCGGACACUCUUUAGGUGCCCACAUGUGCGGGUACGUCGGAUAUACACUUCAGGACGAGUUUCAUUUAACGAUGGGUAGAAUUAGUGGGCUGGAUCCAGCGCAGCCCCAUUUUGCAAAGGCGGCGCGCCCCGUUCGGCUGGACAGGAGUGCCGCUAAAUACGUGGACGUUAUUCAUACCGAUGCCAAUCAGUUUAUUACAGGCAGUUUGGGUAUAAUUGAAAGUAUAGGUCACGUAGAUUAUUUCCCAAAUGGCGGCAGCAACCAACCGGGGUGCGAUAAGAGCGUAGUCCAAUUUAUCAAAGACGAAAAAGGAAGCUUUAUGAAAGGUGUUAAAACCUAUUUGGCCUGCAGUCACGUGCGCUCCCAUCACAUUUUCCUGGACAGCAUCAAUCCGAAGUGCUCCUUUACGUCCGUACAAUGCUCAUCAAUCCAGGACUUCAUCGAUGGAAAGUGUUGGAGCUGCGGAAAAUACGGAGAAAAAUGCCUAAAGUUCGGGUUCCACAGCUACAAGCAGUACGACGCCCUUUAUGGCUCUGGAAUGAACUACAGUCUCAACCAGUACUUGAUUACUGGAAGCUCCAGGCCGUUUUGCAAGGGCCACUAUCGGGUGACGGUGAAAGUGUCCGAUAGUGAGCAAAGUUUGAGGGAUGGAGGCGAAAUCGGGCAACUAGCGCUGACUAUGCACAGCAGUUCCGAUGGACGGGGCCUCAAAUCCUCAAAAAUUGCCUUCAUCAGCGGCUACUAUGAGCCAGGCCGCAUCUACGUUAGAGUGAUCGCAACUGAUGAAAUCCCUCAUCUGAAAGCAGUGGAAGUCGAGUGGGUUUUGAGCAACAGCCUCAACCCGUUCACAUGGAGGUUCUUCAGCACGCCAAAAAUCCAUCUGGAAAAAAUCACCGUCGAAAUCCUGGAGAGCAAGCAAAGUAUUACUAUUUGUCCCAAGGAGCAGCAGCCGCUAAUCAUGGGCAAACCGCAGCUGAUGAUCCCCAGCUACUGUUAGUCUUUGGCAGGCAGCUGGUAAGUUCUGAACUGUUGGGAAUGCGAAGGCUGGCUGUGGAAGUUGAAUAAAACCAAGCAAAAACUUGUUCAGUAUCAGAAUAUAGUGUAUUAAGGUUUAUAUGUACAAAAGCAAAAAGAGAAGUAGAAAAAUACAGACUUAGAAUUAGUUUGAGCUAGUGGUACUUGAUGGUAAUGAAAAUGUUUGGCCGUGGUUUUGAUGCGCGCAAAAUAAUUAAGUUGCGAUUAGUUUUCAAUGAGUUUCAGAUGACGCGCCUUUAAUGGGUAAAUUGGUCAUUAUUGGUCUAUGUUAUGUAUGUACAAUGUUAUUGGAUACAGUUUCUAAGUGGAAUCCUGUAGUUGAAACUUCUGAACGAGCGUCGGCCCGAAGCGCCAAUGGAAAUUCCACAAGCACCUUUAGCUAAAAGUUAACGAAAUGGUGCUAUCGAUAAGAAUAUGAUAAGUCACUAAGUAAUUUUUGUCACUAAUCUAGAAAUUGGUCCACAUGUUACUUCCAUAAAUUCGUGAAUUCGCUGGAAAGUUUCCAACUAGAGGAUUCGGCGAGUUUCGGCACUAGAGUUACGUAGAAUAAACCUAAGUAGGACGAAAUUACACCUAUAUUGAUAAGACCUUGUUGUAUGUAUACUUAGGACACUAACAAUAAUUGUAAUGGUGCACUCUUUCCAGAGCGUUUGCAUAAAUCAGUUCAUUUACGG